CCGCGAUUCUACUUCCGCCAUGUUGUAGGGAAAUGGUGGAAGUAGGCAGGAGGAAGCGACAAUUUUCCUGCACGUCGUCAGCUCUUUCACGGAAACCCCGCCACUGAGACAGCCCGGCCCGGCUGAGGAAACGUCCCGGGGAUCCAGUAGACUGUUCUAGUCAUCUUUCAUCGCUUCUUGUUCCUGUGGAUUUGCGAGCUCCUUCCCAGUGUUGUGAUUCCCGAUGGCAGACCAGCUGGAUGUUGAAGACAAGCCUCCAGCCCCGCCCAUGAGAAUGACCAGCACCAUGAAGUCAGACAGCCACAGCCCCGGCUCUAAACCCCUCCCCAGCGCCCCGCAGGAGGAGAAGAAGAAGGGAGGGAAGUUCAAGUCCAUUUUCCAGUCCUCCAAUGACAAAGGUUCCAAAAAGAAGGACAAGGAGAGACCAGAGAUUUCCUUACCGUCGGACUUUGAGCACACCGUACAUGUAGGCUUCGAUGCCGUCACAGGAGAGUUCACUGGAAUGCCCGAGUCUUGGGCCCGGCUCCUUCAGACUUCUAACAUCUCUAAGAUGGAGCAGAAGAAGAAUCCUCAAGCCGUUCUGGACGCGCUGAAGUUCUAUGACUCCAGGGACAGGGAGAUCAGUGAAACCAAGUACAUGACAGUCUCCAAGAGUGUCUCGUCAGUUAACAGUAGGCCAACACUAGAAAACAAAUUCCAGACUCAAGCUGUUCUAACGCCUAAAGUUCAGAACCAGGUACCAGAGGAGUCUGAUGAUGAUGAUGAAGCGCCUCCCCCUGUAGCCCCACCCCGCCCAGAGUAUACCAAGUCUAAGUUGUACACGAGAUCAGUGAUAGGAGACCAGCUGCGCCCCCCUCCCCCUGCCCCCAUCUCCCCUCCCCACCCCACUACUGCCACCAACGACGUCGCGCCUCAGAAGCCGCCGGAGAAACCCAAGAAGAAGAAAUUCACUGACGAAGAAAUCCUGGAAAAGCUUCGUAGCAUAGUGAGUGUGGGAGAUCCCAAGAGGAAGUACACCAGGUUUGAGAAGAUUGGUCAAGGAGCAUCUGGAACUGUGUACACUGCCAUUGAGACUGCUACAGGACAGGAGGUGGCCAUCAAGCAGAUGAACCUGUCCCAGCAGCCUAAGAAGGAGCUCAUCAUUAAUGAGAUCCUGGUCAUGAGGGAGAACAGGAACCCCAACAUAGUCAACUACCUGGACAGCUACCUGGUAGGAGAGGAGUUGUGGGUAGUGAUGGAGUACUUGGCCGGAGGAUCGCUGACCGAUGUCGUGACUGAGACCUGUAUGGACGAGGGUCAGAUCGCAGCCGUCUGUAGAGAGGUGUUGCAAGCCCUGGAGUUUCUCCAUGCCAACCAGGUGAUACACAGAGACAUCAAGUCGGACAACAUACUGCUGGGCAUGGACGGCUCAGUCAAGCUCACUGACUUCGGCUUCUGCGCUCAGAUCACUCCUGAGCAGAGUAAGCGCUCCACCAUGGUGGGCACGCCGUACUGGAUGGCUCCGGAGGUGGUGACACGGAAACAGUACGGACCUAAGGUGGACAUCUGGUCACUCGGCAUCAUGGCUAUAGAGAUGGUGGAGGGAGAGCCACCUUACCUGAAUGAGAACCCACUCAGAGCCCUGUACCUGAUUGCCACUAACAUCACCCUGACCCAGCACCCUGAGAAACUGUCACCAGUGUUCAAGGACUUCCUGUCCUCCUGUCUGGAGAUGGACGUGGAGAAGAGAGGCUCGGCUACUGACAUGCUGCAGCACCCCUUCCUGAGGUUAGCCAAGCCUCUGGCCAGCAUUCAGCCGCUCAUUCUCGCUGCCAAGGAGGCCUCCAGACGAUAGUAUCCCAGCAUGCCUCAUCCCACGUCCCAGCAUGCAAUUCAACCUGCCCGGCAUGCCAUGACGUCAUUGCCGUCAAGCUCUAAUAUCUAAUCCACUGACUCCGGUAACUGCCAUAACCGACCAGGGCCGGAGCAACAAAGCUACAACUAGCUACAUAAUGUAUUAACCAUGCAAGGCAUGAUGGGUAAGCCUGCUUCUAUCCCAGCAUUCCUGUAGACAGGGAACCAUGACUUGUGCAUGCUUGCAACUAAUAAUUGUGUCAACCAGAGGAAUUUCCAAUCUUUCAAUACUUGUGAUGUAUGAUAAUGAAGAAGAUAAUGAUGGAAAUUCCUACUGUUACAUACAGAAGCCAGCAUCUACAGUAGUUACUAUUGAAAUGCAACAAUGAUAGCAUCAUGAAGUACACGUAUUGUGCAAAAACAAAUGAUGAGAAAAGAAUGAUGCUGUGAUAGCAUUCUAUGUAUAAUGUAAUACAGGUAUGAAAUGCAUACCGAUUGCUCUGUAUUGAGGACUUAUUGGUGUAAUUAAUGUAUGGUAGUGGUUAUUGUUUUAUAAUUCAUUCAUGCUAUAUCUAGUCCAAAAUCAAUGAUGUAUCAUACUGGACCUGCUAUACCCGUCAACAGCAAUGCUUAUAUUUUGAUACACCCAAGUGUGGAUCGCCUUGCUAAUAUUUGUAAGAACUCUCCUGUGAGUGUGGAUAGGAAGUCCCUGUACUGGUGAUUAUAGAUGUAGUAGGUGCACGGUGGCAGUAUUGUCUGUCCUAUUGUACUGGUGAUGGUCUAGAGCUUAAUGUGGUCUCAUGUAACUAGCAAUGUUGAUAUCGUGAUAAUACCCUAGACUCAUGUAAUAAUACCCUAGACCAGUGUGAUAAUGACCUGGAAUGAUAAGUAGCCUGACUUAUAUACAAUACUGAUAAUGAUAAUGCCCUGUAGCAGGGUAAGAUGAAGUCAAUCUGUACCUCUUCUAUAUGGAGUCAUGUAACACUGGUAAUUAAGUCAUCAAAUUAAGAGGGUAGCAGCAGAGGUUUAGAGCUGUAAUCGUACAUGUAAAAGAUCACUUUUUUUACGAAUAUGUCAAAAUGUGGUGAAAUAAGAAAUUGUUGAGCAAACCGGCAUUCAUAUGAGUACAUUUGUUUUAGUCCUGAUGCUUUAUGUCAUGGUACUACACUUACACCCAAUGCUGAGACAAAAUUGAUGACAUAUUGUUGCGGUAUGCGUAGGGAAGCAAGCCAAAACUGCCUCGUUUCAUGGUGAGACUAAAAGCUGCAUUUCCCAGCUAUUCUGCAAGGUGGCAUCACACUCAUGCAGUGGUCUCUUCGAUAGGGAAGCCAGGCUGUUUCAUGUUACAUUUUGGGAAUGUAGCAGUUUUAUGUCAGAAGUAGAACAGAAUGAUAUAUGUAAUUUCCUUAAUCAGAUUAUCUUCGUUCCAAAAUUUGUAGGAAAGAAUUCCUUUUUGGGCCAAUGUCCCAGAAAAACCCAAGUGGAGAAACUUUUUUUAACUUUAACAUGAAAAUAUAAUAAAGUACACGUCUGCAAAGUGGCAUAUCAUUCUUGGCUCUCCUCAAAAGCCGUGGAGUUGUAACAGUCGUGAAAAAUCGUCUCAAUUGUACAUCCCUUGAUGACAUGCUUUUUCUCUAUUAUUACUGCAAAUUUGGAUGAAAUUUUGCCAACCUAACUGUUAUUUAUCUUCAAUAUGGUCUGCGCAGCUCUUACUGUGAGGCUGCUGAGGGUAGUGUAAAUGUAUCAUC